AUGACUUCCGGAAUGUCCCCGUCCAGCUCCCCGCGGCUUCCAAGCCCUCCCCCGUUCACGGAGGUUCAGAUCGCUCCUCAGUCACCCUCUGGAGAGACUUUUGAGGACCAGAUGCUUGGUGCUGCGGUGGGUGAAGAUGAUGGCUCGACACGCAGAAUCCGUCCCGGCACCAAAGCCGCCGACAUGGCAUUUGGACCGCCGUUGAUUCCCCUUUCGCAGCUUGACUCGCCUUUCCAGCUUCAGGAACACCUCAAAGCCCUGUAUCAUCACUUUACGAAACCCGAAGGAUCUGACACCGUGGUCCCGAUCAACCGCCAGGUUGCGAUCCAACUAGCGGAACCCCCCGAGGGUGUCGACCGAUCGCUUUGGCUUUACGAACUCUGCCGAUUCCUCACCAUGAAAGUAAAUAACCUCAUUGUCGCCUUCUUCGCCGAGGACCCGCCCUGCUCUGCGACCACUUGCCCAGAGAUGCGAGCUUCGGAAUGGCAGUAUCUCUGCGCGGUACACGACCCUCCCAAAUCUUGUUGCGCAAUCGAUUACUGCUGUCACACUUUGGACUGGGCCAUGAACACCCUCACAUCGCCCAAGUAUUUUCCAAGUCGGCUCACGCUAGGCAACGAGAAUGCCGGAGGCCCUCAGGCCAGCAUGAGACACCUGACGAACGUCUUCCGCCGCCUUUACCGUAUUUUCGCACACGCUUGGUUCCAACAUCGCGGUGUAUUCUGGCAGGUGGAGGGUCAUGAUGGCCUGUACGUCUUCUUCAAGACUGUUUGCGACAUGUACAGCCUCAUCCCGCAUGACAACUACACGGUUCCCCCCGAGGCAGAGGGCCCUGAUGCAGUUCAGCCUGAGGAAGAGCCAGUUGAUACCAAGCGUUUAACAAUUCUGCGCAAGGAAGAUGAAAAUCCAUUUGGUUCUGGCGCAGAUAGUCUGGACCCGGCUCUCGGCACUGGUGCUACCACUCGUCGUCACAAGCACAGCCCUUCGACCGGUUCGCGUGUCACAACCAUCACUGAGGAUAUGGAGGAUAGUCCAGAGAUCCCCUCGCCAUUGCGUGAGGCUCUGGAGGAAUCGCCCGAACGCCCUGUUUCUGUCCUGGAGACGACCCAGCCUCCUGUCGAGACCUCUGAGGAAACUGCCUCAGACAAGCCAUCCGCUCAGGAAGAAGAGCCGGUCACAGAGACAGAUGAAGAAGCAAACCAGCAGAUCUCGGAAGAAAUCGGACAGCCUGGACCAUCCGAGGCCACAGAAGAGGCGCAGCCGGAGCCUGAGCAGCCUGUUGAUGACAAGACCGAAGAGCCUGUCGAGAAUACCAAUCGUGAUGCUGAGGAAGCAACCACGUCCGAAGAAGCCGAGACGAAACCUGAGCUCGAGCAGAAAGCCUCAACUGCAUCGGAAGCCAAGCCUGACUCAGAUAAAGAAGAAUCUUGA